AUGGAAGUCGAGGAAGCAACCACCGCCGAAAACUCGUUCAGGGGCGAAGCUUCAAGCAUCCACUCAGAGUCCGAUUCUGACGAAGACGCGAGCAGCGACGAUGGAGAUGAGAGCGAUGUCGCAUCCGAACGACCAGUCAUCGACGCAGAAAAGGCGAGAAAGAAAUUGUACCAUGUUGCAAAACAACUCCGCGCAACCGCCAAGAAGACCAAGACGUUCGAAGUGCAGAAACUCGUCAAGAAGCUUAAAGGUCUCCGCAAGAAAGAAUCUUCAGCAGAGCAAGCUGAGCUCGCAGAAAAAGAGCUGGCCGCGCUCAAGUCAAUCGACAUCAACCUGCUUGCGGGUCGUGCGCUGAUCACCAAGAUGGUCAAAGCUAAGCUGCUGCCGAGACCUGCCGACGUAGACGAUGCGGAUGAGGACGAGUUUCUGUAUUUGCAAAUGGUGAGGGACGAAGAGCUGCUGGGAGAGACGGUGCUGGUCGAGAACGUGGCGGACGAUGGCGAUCGAGCAGUGGAGAGGGCAAAGGCAAAGGUCACUUCCUCCAAGGUGCUGGCUGAUGAAGUGGGAAGGUUUGUUGAAGAGUUGAAGAAGUUGGCAGGUGUCGAGCCCAAGAAAGAGGCGGAAGCUAACGUCAAGGGUAAGGGUAAGGCAAGUUUGGACGCAGAAGAUGCUGAUGAGGAGGAACGAGAAUGGUCAGGUUCGGAAGAGGAGUUUGACUCGGACGAUGAUGCACCUCGUCGAUUACGGCUCGUCGACGAUGACGACAAGGAGGGUGACGGCGAAGAUGAGGAUGAAGAGGAGCUGAUGAGGAUAGGCAAAGAAAAGCUCAAGGCUUUGGGAGAUCUGUCGCAGUGGGACGACAUGAUUGGAUCUGAUUCUGGUGUCGAGUCAGGCUCAGACGAUGACGACGAUGACGAUGAUGACGACGACAACGUCACGUCCAAACGACAACGAAGGACUCAGUCAGCAUCAGACGCUUCUGACAACCUUUCGACGAGUGACAGCGACGAUAGCGACCGCUCCGAGGACUCAGCUUCAGACUCUGACUCUGAGUCUGAUGCUGACUCCGAAUCUGACUCCGACUCCGACUCGGAAGCGUCUUCGACGGCAGCACCAUCACGCAAACGCAAAGCCUCACCCUCCACCUCCAAGUCCACCAAAAAGUCCAAAUCCUCCUCAUCGACUUUCCUCCCCUCGCUCUCGACCGGUUUCAUCGCCGGACGUUCCGACGAUGAGUGGUCCGACGCCGAAGCCGACCUCGCCGACCGCGACCUCUCCGAACUCAAAUCCGGCAGCAAAAAGGAGCGCAAGAACCGCAUGGGUCAACGCGCACGCAAAGCGCUGUACGAAAAGAAAUACGGCUCCAACGCCAACCACAUCAAGAUGCGGGAGAAGAAGAAGUCACUCAGAUCGGAACGUGCUCCCACAAAUACAGCUAGUAGCGGAGGACGACAGAGGCCUCCGGCGUUCCAGGCUCCGACGAAACGAGAUGGUGGGUGGGGAGGUGCAGUUGCUCCGCUGCCGAAACAGCCGAAGCGGCCAUUCGUACCAAGACCACCACCGACGGUGGCUCCGGUGCAGCAGAAUGGAACAGACAAGAAAUCAGUACCACCGCCAGCAGCGGCGGCGAACAAGUCGCAGGAAAUGCAUCCAUCUUGGAUCGCAAAGCAGAAACAAAAGGAACUCAUGGCUCAGGUCAAACCUCAGGGCAAAAAAGUGGUCUUCGACUGA